UAAUGGGGGUUCCGGUGUUGUUAUUUCUAUGAUACAAACAAAACAUAUAGGAGUGGGUUGUCAAAUGUUUAAUAAAAACAAACAAGUCUUAAUUUAGUCGUAAUAAUGGAAGAACAUAUUCCCGAAGAAAAUAUUAUAAACAAAUACCCUUCGCCCUAUAAUAUCGAUGGUACCCCAUACUUAAAUGUCGAUUUUAGUGAGAAAAUUAGGCGAAAGUGCCUAAGCAAUGUUAAAAAUAAUGGAGAAUGGUUGAAAAUGAGUAAAGUUGUCAUUAUCGGUGACGUUUCAGUGGGGAAAACUUGCUUAGUAAACAGAUAUUGUCGGAAGUUCUUCGAAAGCUCUUAUAAAUCCACUAUAGGAGUGGACUUUGAGGUGCAAAGGUAUCAAAUUUUAGGCGUCCCAUACGUUUUACAAAUAUGGGACACAGCGGGUCAGGAAAGGUUCAAAAGUAUCGCCCAGUCUUACUAUAGGGGAGCACACGUUGUAAUUUUAGCAUUUGAUUUAACCAAUUGUGAAACCUUAUCCAACUGUAAAAAGUGGCUCUUGGAGGCAAUGAAUGCCAAUAUUGGCACUGAUCCUUUCGUAUUCUUGGUGGGAUCUAAAAGGGAUUUGCUAAGUGAAAUUUCUUAUAAAAACCUCCGAGGGAAUGCCCUAAAGAUUGCAAAAGACAUCGGUGCGGAAUAUUGGUGUGUAUCCUCAAAAACCGGAAAAAAUGUCAAUAAGUUGUUUCGACGAAUAGCCUGUUUGAGUUUUGAGGAGGUGAUGACCAAGGGCUAUGAAGGAAAAAGGGGCAAAACUGUUUUAGGCGAAAAACUACUGGGUUUCGAGGGUGACAAAUUUCUUAUCGAACAACGAAAAGUUUCAUGUUGCAACCAAUAAUCUAAGAAAAUCAUUUCAGUAAAGUGUGUCCCCCUGGGCAAAUAACCCAAAAUCAUAAACCCAAUAGUAAUGAGAAUAAAUUAUGUAAAUAAUAUUCCAAUUAUGUAUAUAUAGAUAAGACAUUUUUUUACGUCCUUGAUCAAAAUAUAAGAAUUGCUUAAUAGAUGCAAUAUCACUACCAGGAUUUUAGGAAGGAGUACCUAUAAUUUUUCAUAUAAAAAAGCUUCACUGAACCUCACAAAUAUCACAUUCAACAUUUAGUCGUUAUCAACAGCUAUAUACCUAAAAACCUUUAAAAUGUUCAAAAUUUUCUUUUCUUUGGCUCUGAUCGUUGUUGUCAGUUCCCAAUACAGUCCUCUGCCCUACAAAGGCCACCACGAAGAAGAAUAUGGUCCAGCAAAGUACGAAUUUGCUUACGUAGUAGAAGAGCCCCACACCGGAGAUUUCCAUUCCCAACAGGAGCAACGUGAUGGUGACCACGUCCAAGGGCAGUACUCCCUCCACGAGGCCGAUGGUACUGUCAGAAUCGUGAAAUACUCAGACGAUGGACACGGUUUUAAUGCUGUCGUAGAAAAACAGGGACACCCCACCGAAGCUCCUGUUGCUUACAAGAAAAUCGUCGCUGCCCCAGCACCACACAACUAUUAUCACCAUUAAAUUUGUUAUUUAUUUGAAUUAUUUAUUAUAAAUUUUGUUAUGGUUGCAAUAUG